AUGGAUUCGCUCUCUAAUCUGCUCAACCGAGGCACUAAUACAACAUGCCCCGAUUAUGUCGCGCCAUACAUCGCUGGUGUUGUAGUGGGACGCAGUGCUUUGCAGAUGGUUGAAAAGGGUCUUAUCGGCCUUGAUGACGACGUUACUGAAAUUCUUCUGGACCUCGCUUCCUUGGAGGUAUUAGACGGUGGGGAACCUAUCGAUGGCAUUCCGACAACUAAGCCGAGGAAAACGAAGAUUACUCUGAGGCUUAAUACUACUCUGGACUCGACACAGAUAUCAAUGAAGAAAUGCCCUCUUGCCUUUGAGCCUGGCUCUAGCUGGUCAUAUGGUGCAGGAAUUGACUGGGCUGGUGAAUUACCUCAAGCGUUUCCAGUACCGCUCGAGCCUGAACGUGAGAUUGCCGGCCAUGAAAUAUGGGGCACCAUGAGUAACUAUGCAAAGCUGCUCGGUGCCCUUCUUGAUGGUGGGUCUCUAGUUUUGGGCCAAGAGUUGGUAGACGAGAUCUUCACGCCCCAGGAAACGAAUACCAAUGCACUGAAUUCUACGAUACAAGGACCGUACAAACCCGCUUUGGGGCCAUUGAUUCCAGCAUCCGAAACAGUACACCACGGCUUAGCUGGUCUGAUCAAUGUUAGCGAUUUUCCCGGGCGCAGGAAAUCCGGGACAUUACAGUGGUCAGGCAUGCCCAAUCUGUUUUGGGGUCUUAUAUGA